AGCAGGGGUGGGUCUCAUGUGAAGAGCCUGGAGCACAGUGAAGGGUGCUCCCUGCAGCUGAACUACAGUAAACAAAUCCAGUGGACACAGGAGUUUCUGUGCCUUUUUUGCUCACAGUCAUGGGUCAGCUCUUCUCUCAUAUACCUAAGGAUGAAGACAAAGGAAAUUUGGAGUCCAGCUUCACUGAAUAUUUUAGGAAUUAUAAGCAAGAAACCAAAAUCAUUUCUGAGGAAACCACCCGUUCAAUAGAGCUAUGCUUGAAAAGGGGGGACUUUCAGAGGGCAAACUCUGUAAUCAGUGAUGCAUUAAAAAAUAUUGAUAAUACCCCAAUAAAUAUUGCUGUGACAGGAGAGUCUGGAGCAGGGAAGUCCAGCCUCAUCAAUGCCUUGAGAGAGGUUAAAGCUGAAGAGGAAAGUGCAGCUGAAGUGGGGGUGACAGAGACAACCAUGAAGGUGUCUUCAUACAAACACCCCAAAGUUAAAAAUUUGACAUUAUGGGACCUGCCUGGUAUUGGAACUAUGAAAUUUCAACCAAAAGAUUAUCUAGAAAAAGUAGAGUUCAAAAAGUAUGACUUCUUCAUUAUUGUUUCUUCCUCACGAUUUACAAAGUUAGAACUAGACCUUGCCAAAGCAACCAGAAUCAUGAAAAAGAAUUACUACUUCGUGAGAAGCAAGGUGGACUGUGAUCUAGACAAUGAAAAGAAAUCCAAACCACGUAACUUUAACAGGGAAAACACCCUGAAUCAGGUCCGAAAUUCCUAUCUGGAUACAUUUAGGGAGAGUAAAAUUGAUGAACCUCAGGUUUUCUUGAUAUCUAACCACGAUUUAUCUGACUAUGAUUUUCCAGUCCUGAUGGACACCCUGCUUAAGGACCUUCCUGCUGAAAAGCGCCAAAACUUUCUGCUUUCCUUGCCUAAUAUAACUGAGGCAGCCAUUCAAAAAAAGUACAACUCUACUAAGCAGAUUAUCUGGUUGCAGGCCACGAAGGAUGGACUUUUGGCGACUGUUCCUGUAGUGGGCAUUUUAAAGGACUUGGAUAAGGAGAGGCUGAAGAAGAGGUUAGACUACUAUCGUGACCUCUUUGGAGUCGAUGAUGAAUCCUUAAUGUUCAUGGCUAAGGAUGCCCAAGUGCCUGUUGAACUGUUGAUAAAAAACCUUAAAUCUCCUAAUUUGUUGAAAUGUAAGGAGGAAACAUUAGAAGAACUGCUUUUGAACUGUGUGGAGAAAUUUGCCUCAGCUAAUGGUGGGCUCCUGGCAGCAGGUCUUUACUUCAGGAAAACCUAUUACCUACAAUUUCAUUUCCUGGAUACAGUGGCUGAAGAUGCCAAAGUUCUCCUUAAAGCGGCUCAAACUCAUUUUGCCCAUAGCUUCUGACAAUUAGAAGACCAACUGUUUAAUACCAGGGAAUCAUCAGAUAGAUUCCCAUCCUGACAUCUUUUCUUUAUACUAGCCGAUCUACUGUAUCUAUGAGAGAAACCUAAGGAAUAGGGUCACAGGUUAAUACUAUAUCAGAAAUUGACAAUCUCCAAUCCCUCUUCAACUGUUUAUAUUCCCUAAAAUCUUGUUCUCUGUCUUUGAACUCCACAUGCAUGCUUGAACACAAAUGCACACACACACACACACACACACACACACACACACACACACACACACAGAGAGAGAGAGAGAGAGAGAGAGAGAGAGAGAGAGAGAGAGAGAGAGAGAGAGAGAGAGACCCCCACAUAUACACAAACACAUACAGAAAACCACAUACUCUCUCUCUCUCUCUCUCUCUCUCUCUCUCUCUCUCUCUCUCUCUCACACACACACACACACACACACACACAUACACACACACACAAAUUCUGAGCACAGUGUCACUACUAUACUUCCUUAAAAUAAUUUUCUAUUGUAACAUUGACCUCUCUGUAAGUUGUUUACAAUUAUUUCUUUUUUUCUGUGCAUCCUGCUCUGAGUGCUCAUUGCAUUUCACAAGGUACACACACACACACACACACACACACACACCCCUGAACAUUUCUUCUCACCCUCAUUAUGCCUGUGUUAGAAAGUGACUUGCAUGACUUACAGAUUUUAUUAACAAGAAGACUUUAAGAACCAAAGUAAAAGAAACCAUGACCACCAAUCACAAGUUUACUAUUACCAAUCAGUUCUUAAAAUACCUAUCAGAAUCUUUCUAGAGACAAUGAAGAACAUCUAUAAUUCUGUCCCAGGUCCCAUGGAGAACACUGGGUUCCUUCUUUCUAUCAUUAUUGUGGGAAGUGGGUGCAGCCGCAGGCCCCGUGAAACCCACUUGUUUACUGCCUUGCCCAAGCAUGCACAGUGAGGCUGCAUGCGUGGGCUGCCUGCCAGGCUGUACAGUUCCUCGUGAUCCAGAACUGUCAGCCUAUCUGUGAAUGACCUAAGCUCUUGUCUGGAGCAUGUGUGAAUUCUGAUUGGAUGAGGUGGGGUGGACCUAGAAGGAGGUGAGUCAGCUCGAGUAGAGAGAAGAGUUUAGCCCUUGCUGCGAGAAGGAUGUAGUAGUAGAAGCUGCUGUUUUAAGUGGUAGAAGCUAGCUGUUGUAAAAGAAGCCAGUAGUAGUGAAGAGAGUUUGUUUAGCCCUUACCCUAGGUAGAAGCCAGUAGUAGUAGAAUAAGAGUAGUUUAGCCCUUGCCCUAUGAAGAAGCUGCUGGGGAAGAGAGCUGUAAAAGAAAAAGCCUGAAGUAAAGUUGCUGCAUGAACCUGACUUGGUGUCUGUGUUGUUUGUAUCAUGUUGGCCGGAGUAGGACAACGACAAUUAUCUAUCUUGUUUAUGAUUGUAAAGAAAUGUUAUAAAUACUUAAUAAAUUGUUGAUUACAA